AUGGAGGAGGAGCUGAAGUGCCCGGUGUGCGGAUCUCUGUUUCGGGAGCCCAUCAUUCUGCCCUGUUCUCACAACGUCUGCCUGCCUUGUGCUCGCACCAUCGCUGUGCAGACCCCGGACAGCGAGCAGCACCUGCCCCAGCCGCUCCUGCACUCCCGGGGCUCGGGACUGCCGGCGGGCGCCGCCGCUGCGCCCCCUUCGGACUACGACUCGGCGACUGGCCCUGCCUGCAGCGGAGGCGGCGGAAGCGCAGCUGGCGGCCUUAGCGGCAGUGGCAGUGGCGGAGGUGCAGGAGGUGGCGGAGACCACGCGGACAAGCUGAGCUUGUACAGCGAGACAGACAGCGGCUAUGGCUCCUACACUCCAAGCCUCAAGUCCCCCAACGGGGUUCGCGUGCUGCCCAUGGUGCCGGCGCCCGCCGGCUCCUCGGCCGCAGCGGCCCGGGGCGCCGCCUGCUCCUCUCUGUCUUCGUCCUCUUCUAGCUCCAUCACGUGCCCGCAGUGCCACCGCAGCGCCUCCCUGGACCACCGCGGCCUGCGCGGCUUCCAGCGCAACCGGCUGCUGGAGGCCAUCGUCCAGCGCUACCAGCAGGGCCGCGGAGCCGUGCCGGGGGCGUCCGCAGCCGCGGCUGUGGCCAUCUGCCAGCUGUGCGACCGUACCCCGCCAGAGCCUGCCGCCACGCUCUGUGAGCAGUGCGACGUGCUCUACUGCGCUGCCUGCCAGCUCAAGUGCCAUCCGUCCCGGGGACCCUUCGCUAAGCACCGCCUGGUGCAGCCGCCUCCGCCGCCAGCGCCCGCCGAGGCUGCGGUUGUCCCCGUAGGGGCGGCCCAGGGCGCCCCCAGCGGAGGCGGUGGCUGUAAGAGCCCAGGAGGCCCCGGGGCGGCGGGGAGCAGCGCUGCUCGCAAGUUCCCCACGUGUCCGGAGCACGAAAUGGAGAACUACAGCAUGUACUGCGUGAGCUGCCGAACCCCUGUGUGCUACCAGUGCCUGGAGGAGGGCCGGCACGCCAAGCACGAGGUGAAGCCCCUGGGAGCCAUGUGGAAGCAGCACAAGGCACAACUAUCUCAGGCCUUAAAUGGAGUUUCCGAUAAGGCAAAAGAAGCUAAAGAAUUUCUGGUUCAGCUCAAGAACAUACUGCAGCAGAUCCAGGAAAAUGGACUAGACUACGAAGCCUGCCUGGUUGCUCAGUGUGAUGCCCUAGUCGAUGCUUUAACUCGGCAGAAAGCCAAAUUGCUCACCAAGGUUACUAAAGAGAGGGAACACAAGUUGAAGAUGGUUUGGGAUCAGAUCAACCACUGCACACUGAAGCUGCGCCAGUCGACAGGGUUGAUGGAGUACUGCCUGGAGGUGAUAAAAGAGAAUGACCCCUCCGGGUUUCUACAGAUCUCUGAUGCUCUGAUCAAGCGUGUCCAGGUAUCUCAGGAACAGUGGGUGAAAGGUGCCCUGGAGCCCAAGGUGUCUGCGGAGUUCGACCUGACUUUGGACAGCGAGCCACUGCUGCAGGCCAUCCACCAGCUGGACUUCAUCCAGAUGAAAUGUAGGGUGCCGCCGGUCCCGCUGCUGCAGCUGGAGAAGUGCUGCACCCGGAACAACAGCGUCACGCUGGCCUGGAGGAUGCCGCCCUUCACCCACAGCCCGGUGGACGGCUACAUCCUGGAGCUGGACGACGGCGACGGCGGGCAGUUCCGGGAAGUGUAUGUUGGCAAGGAGACCCUGUGUACCAUCGAUGGCCUUCAUUUCAACAGCACCUACAAUGCCAGGGUCAAGGCCUUCAACUCUUCGGGUGUCGGGCCUUACAGUAAAACUGUUGUUCUGCAGACAUCUGAUGUGGCUUGGUUCACAUUUGACCCCAACUCUGGCCACCGAGACAUCAUUUUGUCCAAUGACAACCAGACGGCCACCUGCAGCAGCUAUGAUGACCGGGUGGUGCUGGGCACGGCCGCGUUCUCCAAGGGUGUGCACUAUUGGGAGCUGCAUGUGGACCGGUACGACAACCACCCGGACCCCGCCUUUGGGGUCGCCAGGGCCAACGUGGUCAAAGACAUGAUGCUGGGCAAGGAUGACAAGGCCUGGGCCAUGUAUGUGGACAACAACCGCAGCUGGUUCAUGCACUGCAACUCCCACACCAACAGGACGGAAGGCGGAGUAUGCAAAGGGGCCACGGUUGGCGUGCUGCUGGACCUGAACAAGCAUACUCUGACCUUCUUCAUCAAUGGGCAGCAGCAGGGCCCCACAGCCUUCAGUCACGUGGAUGGGGUCUUCAUGCCAGCCCUCAGCCUCAACCGCAAUGUGCAGGUCACCCUGCACACAGGACUGGAAGUGCCCACAAACCUUGGGCGGUCCAAGCUGUCAAGCAACUAACUCCCAGCCCCAGCUCUCCACCUGUGACUGUGUCACUCCUGGGAAAAGAGUGCCGCCAUUCCUAACGACAUUCAAAUGACCCACAGGGCAGGAUGACUAGCCACUGGCUAGCUUACAAACACAUUUUCUUUGGGGGACAGAGAGUAGGCCUGCAGGCUAUGUUUAUUCAUUCCACUGUCAGUUGUUUCAUCCUCACACCACCUAGAUGUUAUUUGCGAAGGAGGACCUUUCUCAAGGGAGUGAGAAGGAAACCAUUCUGAGUCUUAAGCUUUUGUCUCCUGUUAUCUGUUAUUAGCUUGUCUUUUUGGGGGGGAUGAUGGAAGGCAGUCUUUAUGAGACUGGCAUUAUGAGAGCAGGGUGCAGGAGGUACCAUUUCAUUCCUUUCCCCAGUGUUAACCCUUUGCUGGAAAACCACUCCUUGAGAGUCCCAAGGCUGCAAGUUUUCAUCUUUGCUAAGAAAAGUUUCCCUUUAGCUUUUUCAUCCUGAAGUCUUCAGUAUGAGCUGUCACUGCAGACCUAAUCCAGGACUGAUAGAAAGGGACAUUAAUUCUUGAUUUUUGCCUCUCGUUGAACUGUUGGGAACCCUUUAAAGUGGCUUCCUUAGAUCCUUUGUUAAUCAACUAAUGUCUUUCUUUCUUUCUCUCACUCAUUCACACUCACACACAUACACAAACACAUGACCAAACCCAGAACCAAUCCAGUACAGUCGAGUCGAUUCCGACUCAUAGCGACCCUAUAGGACAGGGUAGAGCUGCUCCAUAGAGUUUCCAAGGAGCACCUGGCGGAUUU